AUGCCUCCACCUCAUUACCCACUCCAGUUUCUGCCUCCACAUCAUUGCCAAAUUUUACUGCCUCCAUAUCAUUGCCAACUUCAGUUACUGCCUCCACAUCAUUACCAACAUCCAGCAAUGUUACCUCAAUCAAUUAUUUGUUCAUGUUUGCUCUAUAUCAAAUCACCAGUGCUACCACAUGUGCCAUUUGUCAAUACCAUUGUAAAACUUCACCCUGAAUGUGGUGCUACAAGUGUUUUAAAAAUAACAAGACUUUGUUUUGAACAUAAAGGUGGUGCUUUAGCAGAAGGCUUCCAAGCAAGACUAUUUGAAUUUGAAAAUUUUGAGCGUAAAUUUGAGGAAUGUAUUUCAAAAUCUGCGCUGAUAACAAAGUUUGAGCAGCACAGCCGACAAGGUCAGCAAAUAACACAAGAAAUCCAGGCCCUUAUGGAAUCUUUAUAUGAAAAAGCUGCAAGGAGAAGAGCACUAUGUAUUGAAAAACGAAAAGAGAAAGGGGACAUGUUGGACCACAUCAUCAAACAGCUAGGAAUUCUAACAACCGAAUGCAAAGAUAAGAUAAAGGACAUCUCUGAACAAGCAGAGUACAAGAUAUCAAGUGCAAUGACAGAGGAGAUUCGGCGUCUUCACAUCCUAGUAGAUCAGUUUGAUCGUCCAUUUCAUCCCGAUGCUCUCGUCAUUAAGGUUUAUAAGGAG